AAGACUGAAGUUGUUCAGCUAGUUAAGAGAGCGCACUUGGGAGCCCUCGAGACGAUUAUAGGAUGAAGGGUAACUUCGCUAAGUGCGGAUCGGUGCUCAUCACUGGAGCGAGCAGGGGUCUCGGUCUGCAGAUGGUCAAACAGCUGCUCGCCACCCCAGAAAGACCCCAAAAGAUCAUAGCAACCGUCAGGAAUCCAGCCGCUGCGGAGGAACUACAAAACCUCGCCAAAGCUCAUCCAGACGUUCAUAUCGUGACCCUAGAUAUAUCCAAUGAAACGAGUGUGAACGCUGCAUCUCAAGCAGUUGAAGCCAUUGUUGGGGCCAAUGGUCUGAACUGCUUAAUUAACAAUGCGGCGAUUGGUUUGAGCUCUGACCUGGACAGCGUCACUCGAGACGUCAUGAUGAAGACCUACGAGAGCAACACGGUUUCUCCUCUCUUUGUGACCAAGGCUCUCCUGCCGUUGUUGAGGAGAGCGGCGGCUGAGGGGAGUGGUAUGAGCAUCCAGAGGGCCGCAGUGGUCAACGUUUCGUCUCUUCUGGGAUCCGUGCAGCUCAACUGGGGCGAGGGUGCGAGCUUUAAGAGCUACGCUUACAGGGCGUCCAAGAGUGCGCUGAAUAUGGUAACAAGGUGUUUGGCUGCUGAUCUGGAAGCUGACGGCAUCUUGUGCGUGGCUCUUCACCCCGGUUGGGUGCGCACUGAUAUGGGUGGACCAAUGGCUCCUUUGAGUCCAGAGGAGAGCAUUUCAUCCGUGCUGUCCGUCAUUGCUGGAUUAAAGGAGGAACAUCACGGUGGAUACGUGGACUACACUGGGAAAAACCUACCCUGGUGAUCUGCCCAUACUGUGUUUCCACGCUUGUCACGUUGACCGAGUGCCAGAUGACCACUGAGAAUGCAGAAAAACAGCCUGUCUUAUUAAUUAUUCAUGUUUCCGCCUGUUUGUGUCCACUAAACCUGAGCCGUUUGUACUUUUGAUUACAGAAAAUAAACUGUGCUACUUGUCAGAAAAAAAA